GAUCCCGGUUCUCCCGAUCGCAAACUCCGAGCCACAGCUUUCCGCGCGCACCCGAGCCUCUGGCCGCCCGCUUAGCCCGACGCCUAAGCGGGGCGCAGUGGGAGCCCGUGCAGGGCGGGCGCGGGGCGGCGGCGGCGGCCGUCCAUGCGGCGUGCUCCGGGCUGCCGGGCGCCGGGAAGCACGCGGGGGCGAGGCGAGGCGGCCGCCGGCCGAUCCGGGACGCGGACCGCCAGGAGCCGGACACCACUUCCAUCUGGAAAGUUAGUAACAUCUCAGAGGCGCCCUUGCUUCUUCCGGGAUGCCCAGCAUCAUGGUUUCUCAUUUCAUGGGGUCGUUCAGUGUCCUGGGUUCCCUCCUGCUGCUUGGACUCCAGCUCGUCUGCCCACAGCCCUCCACUGAACACAGAAAGGUCCCGCAGCGGAUGGCGGCGGCCCUGGGCAUCCCCGAGGACAGCGGCGGCGGCGGCUCCCCGGGCGUGUGGGGCGCCUGGGGGCCCUGGUCCGCCUGCUCGCGCAGCUGCAGCGGCGGCGUGAUGGAGCAGACGCGGCCCUGCUUGCCCAGCUCGUACCGCGCGCGGGGGGCCCUGCGGCCCGGAGCGCCCCCGCGCGCCUUCGCGGGCCACGUGGUGUCGGCGGUGCGCACGUCGGUGCCGCUGCACCGGAGCCGCGAGCGCCAGGAGCUGCGCGCCCCGGUCGGCCCCGAGGCCAGCCGCCAGGGCCCGGGGUCGCGGGGCAGCCGGCACCCGCAGGCGCGGGCCCGCGACCCCACAGCGGAAAGAAGGAGCAGGACCCGCGGCCCUAUCGGCCCUGGCAAGUAUGGCUACGGUAAGGCCCCGUACAUCCUGCCACUGCAGACGGACUCGGCACACUCGCCGCAGAGGCUUCGGAGGCAGAGGCCUUCCAGGUCGCAGGGGGCAUCGGGUCCCAGCCAUGGCUACAGCCUGCCAGCCCACCGGGGUCCCCAGCACGGGUCUCUGUACCAGAGUGACGGGGGCCCCCGUUCUGGACUGCAGACCUCCGAGGCCUCCGUCUACCAGCUGCCGUUGACCCAUGACCCAGGCUUCCCCGCAGCUUCCAGUCUCUUCCACGGCCUGGAAAGCGGCAGCAGCCACGACCCGGGGGCCCCCAGGGCAGCGCAGAGCUCCUCACAGCCCGCCCGGUCUGCAGCCAUCUCCUGCAUCGGGGCCUACCGACAGUACAAGCUGUGUAACACCAACGUGUGUCCAGAAAGCAGUAGAAGCAUCCGGGAAGUCCAGUGUGCGUCCUACAACAACAAGCCCUUCAUGGGCCGCUUCUAUGAAUGGGAACCGUUUGCAGAAGUAAAGGGCAACCGGAAGUGUGAGUUGAACUGCCAGGCAAUGGGCUACCGCUUCUACGUCCGCCAAGCUGAGAAGGUCAUUGAUGGUACCCCCUGUGACCAGAAUGGCACGGCCAUCUGCGUGUCUGGGCAGUGCAAGAGUAUUGGCUGUGACGACUACCUGGGCUCAGACAAGGUAGUGGACAAAUGCGGGGUGUGCGGCGGCGACAACACAGGCUGUCAGGUUGUGUCGGGCGUGUUCAAGCAUGCCCUUACCAGCCUGGGCUACCACCGCGUGGUCGAGAUCCCCCAAGGAGCCACCAAAAUCAACAUCACCGAGAUGCACAAGAGCAACAACUAUUUGGCUUUGCGAAGUCGUUCUGGCCGCUCCAUCAUCAACGGGAACUGGGCGAUUGACCGGCCGGGAAGGUACGAGGGUGGAGGGACCAUGUUCACCUACAAGCGUCCAAAUGAGAUCUCGAGCACCGCUGGAGAAUCCUUUCUGGCUGAAGGCCCCACGAAUGAGAUCUUGGAUGUCUAUAUGAUCCACCAGCAGCCCAAUCCCGGAGUCCACUAUGAAUACGUCAUCAUGGGGACCAACGCCAUCAGCCCACAGGUGCCUCCUCACAGGAGACCAGGAGAGCCCUUCAAUGGCCAGCUGGGAACAGAUGGAAGGAGCCAGGAGGAGGGAGCAGAGAAAGAGGGGGCCGAGGAGAAGGAAGAUGUGCAUGGCGGCGCCCCCGAAGUAUUCACCUCGGAAUCGGCACAGACCUUCCCAGUCAGGCAUCUAGAUGGAUUUUCCUCCCACCGACCCGACAAUCUGGUGCCAGUGGCCCCGCAGCCCCCAAGGCGAAGCCGGGACCACAACUGGAAACAGCUCGGGACCACAGAAUGCUCCACGAGUUGCGGGAAAGGAUCGCAGUUCCCUAUUUUUCGCUGUGUACACAGAAACACCCACGAAGAGGUUCCCGAGAGCUACUGCGACUCCAGCAUGAAGCCUACCCCUGAGGAGGAGCCCUGCAACCUCUUCCCUUGCCCAGCCUUCUGGGACAUCGGAGAGUGGUCCGAGUGCAGCAAAACCUGCGGCCUGGGCAUGCAGCACCGCCAGGUCCUGUGCCGCCAGGUGUACGCCAACCGCAGCCUGACGGUGCAGCCGUACCGCUGCCAACACCUGGAGAAGCCCGAGACCACCAGCACGUGCCAGCUCAAGAUCUGCAGCGAGUGGCAGAUCCGGACGGACUGGACCUCGUGCUCAGUGCCCUGCGGAGUGGGGCAGAGAACCCGAGACGUGAAGUGCGUGAGCAAUAUCGGGGACGUGGUGGACGACGAGGAAUGCAACAUGAAGCUCCGGCCCAAUGACAUUGAGAACUGCGACAUGGGGCCCUGUGCCAAGAGCUGGUUCCUCACCGAGUGGAGUGAACGGUGCUCAGCAGAGUGUGGGGCUGGAGUGCGGACACGCUCCGUGGUGUGCAUGACGAACCACAUCAGCAGCCUGCCCCUGGAGGGCUGUGGGAACAACCGGCCUGCGGAGGCCACCCCUUGUGACAAUGGGCCCUGCACAGGCAAGGUGGAGUGGUUUGCAGGGAGCUGGAGUCAGUGUUCCAUCGAAUGUGGGAGUGGGACCCAACAGAGGGAGGUGAUUUGUGUUAGGAAGAAUGCGGACAUCUUUGAAGUAUUGGACCCCUAUGAGUGUUCCUUCCUGGAGAAACCCCCCAGCCAGCAAUCGUGCCACCUCAAGCCUUGUGGGGCCAAAUGGUUUAACACAGAAUGGAGCAUGUGCUCCAAGAGCUGCCAGGGUGGCUUCCGGGUCCGCGAAGUGCGCUGCCUGUCAGAUGACAUGACCAUAAGCAACCUCUGUGACCCGCAGUUGAAACCAGAAGAGAAGGAAUCUUGUAACCCUCAGGACUGUGUCCCUGAAGUUGAUGAAAACUGCAAGGACAGGUACUACAACUGCAACGUGGUGGUCCAGGCGCGACUCUGCGUCUACAACUACUACAAGACCGCCUGCUGCGCCUCCUGCACCCGCGUGGCCAACAGGCAGGCGGGCUUCCUGGGCAGCAGAUAACAGCCCCGCCCCCACGCUGCAGCAGGGGAGCGGGUCAGGGAGGCGGGGAGCCGUG